UAGAAAACUGAAAGGGCCAGUGACCCAUGAUUCAAGUGUCUGAGGGGAGCCUCUUUCUUCCUCAGCAUUAAUUAACUCAAGUUCGUUAGGACAUUGAGUCUGCUGGACAGGUUUCUCUUGUGCGGACUAAAUCGGGUCAGAGAGGGAAAAUUGUACCAAGCAAACACUUUGUGUUGGGGCAGAAGAAUGCAGAGAGAAAACAGAGCGAUAUCAUUAUUACAUGGCUGCAUAUUUGCAUGUGUGGGGUUUCCUAGAGAUAUAUUUGUAUGGGACGUCUGUAUCGUAAGGACAGGCAAACCCGUGACGCCUCAUUCGGAAGGGUUGGAACUGGACUCUGGCUUUGAGCAGCAUUGGGUCUGUUGGGGAAGCCGAGGGUGAAGCAAACGGGGAGAGACACUGAAGGAAGGAAGGAAGGAAAGAAAGAAAGGAAGAAAGAAAGGAAGAAGCUCUCCUCACAGUCUGCGCCAGCCCAGCUCUGGGAGGGCAUUUUUUGCACUAAUGGCUCAGGCUGUUGAGAAAAAAGAUUUGUUUGCUUUUAAUCUGCAUUGUGGCUGGGGGAGUCCACAGCUUCUGGGUGUAUGCAGGGCGGGGAAACGGGGGCAAAAUAAUUCCAGCUCUGAGCCCCCCGCAAGGUGGUAGAAGAGAUUGGCGGACUCCCUCGAAACUACCUCCGCAGCACGUAAGGGGCAGAUAUCCUGCUGCUGCAGAACUGAGCAGGAAUAAACCCCCUUGGUUAGUCAAGGUGUCACCCCCCCCUCCAAAAAGUUGUGCCCCAGUUUCUUAAAAGCUCCCCCAUCACUGCAAGUGCAAGCCACAGGCCAAGGCAGCCCAGGUCUUGCUCGCCCUGCAGGGAGACGAAAUUUAUGUGCUAUUCAUUCACCGGGGCAAUAGUUUGCCAGGGUGCCAGUGACUGUUUCUAUGGCAACACCGAGAAAGCUUGACAUGCUGCUGCUGAAAAAGAGAGACCCAAAAUGAAAAGAGUGUGUGUGUCGGGGGGGGGGGGGAAGGGGGGGAGGAGAUAAGAUCAGGAGUCGGAAAGUUUGACUUGGAGUUAUUAAAACUCAUAAACUAUCUCCCAGGCUUUGGAGAACCCCCCCGCAACCCCCCAGCUGGGAAGAAGCAGGCGUCGGGAGUUUGCUCGCUGUAACCCGGCCGGUGUGGGUGGGUUUAAAAAUGACCCCCUCUUUUGGGAGGGCGAAUUGAAAAAAAUCCUAUUUAGUAAAAAGAUUCCAAGUCCCGCAGGUGUGGGUCGCGCGGGAUGAGCUUGGCUGGGGGCGGCAGAGAAAGAAAUGCUGCCACCCCCCUCCCCGAGUGUCUCUGCAUGUUGGGGGACCAGGGCGCAUUCCCCGCUGGGUGGGAUGUCCAGCCAGUUGGGCGCAGUCCCACGGCCAGUUCUAGCUGGGCAUUUGGGCUAUUUUCCCUCCCUGGAUCUUGGCCUUCCUUUUCCCCUCAUCCUUUCUUCCCCUCGCUGCAAGUUCCUGCUUUCCUCUCUGUCUCCUUCCCAGGCCUUCUCUUCCCCCCUAAAUCCCUCUGCCAAGCCGUCCGUCUUUUCUAGUCUCUUCUGCUCUACUUCUUUCUUUCUCCGAGAGAGGCAUUUCUAAUAAUCCGCCCUCUUUGCGGCUGUCGCUACCAGCUGCGGGUGCCAGGGCACGGAACCCAGAAAGACCGAACCCUCGGCCCGCCGCACCGACCGCUCGAGAACGCUGCCUGGCAUCGGUGUAUUGACCCCUCUCAACCCGGGGGGGGGGUACCUCGUACACACCCAAUGGAAAUAUAGCCUCCCCUCGGGCGCAGCUGUGCAUGGCAGAGGCUCGGCUCAGCCGUAGACCCGCAGUUCAUGUGUUGUCAGAGAUGUUUGGGGAGUUGUGCCGUAGAAGGGGGUGGAGGUUGUGCUUAGAUCGAGGACCCGCAGGGGGUUGGCAUCCAGUCCAGUAUCUCUGCCCUCUUUCCUCUGCCACCCUCCCUUUAGAGACUCCAGUAACGGUGCUGUGCCCUAGUGAGGCUGCCGUGUUUCACGUUGUUACUGCCAUCCACGGGGGUAUUUUACUAAGGGCAACCCACCCCUGUUAGACGACGGAGCACUGCAAGGCCCGACAGGACAGGGUGAGAUACAGCAGUCGUCGCCGUGGAGGAGAAAGCACCCGACAGCCCAGCGGCGGAGGGGUGUUUGCCUGUGGAACGGCCGCGGACUUUGCGCUGAGCAGGCCUCUUCCUGGGGCACGGCGGACUGGGGCUGUCAUGUACCUGAGUCCCCUUUUUUUUUUCUUUUUUAAACUCACAAGGGUGGCCCCAGGCCAGGCCCACAGAUGCCAACCGAUGCCCGCCCGGGCCCAUUCCCGAGGGGCGCUCGGAGCAGGAGUCAAACUGACACGAGCCCACUAGAGCGGGCGGUCAUUGGAGGCGAGCAAGCACCCUUAGAGAAAGAGUCUUCUUUUCUCGUUCUCUCUCUCCAGCUUUGCUCUGUUUUUCCUGUUCCUUUUCUCCCCCUCCCUUGCCACUUUCUCGUCUUCUCUCCAUUGAUUUCUGUUCCAUUUUCUCUUUCAUCCCUUGGUUUUCUCCUUCUCUCUGUCCCCCCCCCCACCCCCUUCUAACUUUCUAUUUCCAUUUUCCUUCUUUGGCCUCUGCUUUCUCUUUUCCUCCCCCCUGGCUGUUUAAUUUCCAUUCGAUAUUCCCCCACAAAGCCCCGACGGCUGCCAGCAGCUCCUUUCUCUCGUUUGCUGGGUGCUUUUACACUCAGACUGGGCGUUAAUUACACGUUGACUCUGUAUGUGUGUGUGUGUGUGUGUGUUUUAGAUUUAAACUGUUGUUGUAUUUUCCUUACGGAAACCAUCCCCGAUCCGGGGAAGGAUCCCUGCUCUGAGUAGCUAGGAACCAGUAAAUCCCCUGCCGUAAGUGAAAGCUCUGGAUUAGGGUCUAAACCCUGGUGACUUGAACUUGGAAUAGUUUCUGCUUGCAGAAAAUCGUUCGUUCUUUUUUUUUCUUCUUCUUCUUCCUCUUUCGCUUUCACUUUUUUCUUCUCUCUUUUUUCUCUCUUUCUUCGCUCUCCCUUUUCUUUGCAACUUCCACACUCACCCCCCUCCCCCUCUGGACUCAGCUUUCCUGCCUCCAUGGCACCAGUCCACAUCCUCCCCCUUCAUCUCUCCGAUGGAGGAGAGCGGGCAGGCACAGCCUGCUCGGGAGCUGGAAAGCUGGCAGCGGGGCCUGGGCCUGCCUGCGGGCGUCGGGGAUAGAGCCACGGCGGGUUAGCCAGCGUGCCUGCUCUACCUGUCAGCGGAGCUCUGCCAGGCCAGCGGGCGGAGGUCUCUCCGCGGGCUGGGGAUGCUGCGGUACUACGGCGACGGCGGCCGUGAUGAAUUCCACCCUUUCAUCGAAGCUCUCCUCCCUCAUGUGCGUGCCUUCUCCUACACAUGGUUCAACCUGCAAGCUCGGAAGCGAAAGUACUUCAAGAAGCACGAGAAGCGGAUGUCCAAGGAUGAGGAGCGUGCCGUGAAGGAUGAGCUGUUGGGGGAAAAACCAGAGAUCAAGCAGAAAUGGGCAUCGAGGCUACUGGCCAAACUCCGCAAAGACAUCCGCCCCGAGUUCCGGGAGGAUUUCGUCCUGACCAUCACCGGUAAGAAAGCCCCGUGCUGCGUCCUCUCCAACCCGGACCAGAAGGGCAAAAUCCGCAGGAUUGACUGUCUGAGGCAGGCCGACAAGGUUUGGAGACUGGAUCUUGUAAUGGUCAUCUUAUUCAAAGGGAUCCCGCUCGAAAGUACUGACGGGGAGCGGUUGUACAAAUCACCACAGUGCUCCAACCCAGGCCUCUGCGUCCAGCCGCACCACAUUGGAGUCACAAUUAAAGAACUGGAUCUUUACUUGGCGUAUUUUGUUCACACUCCUGAAUCCGGACAAUCAGACAGUUCAAACCAGCAAGGAGAUGUGGACAUCAAACCACUGCCCAACGGGCAUUUGACUUUCCAGGACUGUUUUGUGACGUCGGGCGUCUGGAACGUGACGGAGCUGGUCCGAGUCUCCCAGACUCCCGUGGCCACGGCAUCAGGUCCCAACUUCUCCCUGGCAGAUCUGGAGAGCCCCAGUUACUACAACAUCAACCAGGUGACUCUGGGCCGGCGGUCCAUAACGUCACCUCCUUCCACCAGCUCCACCAAGCGCCCCAAGUCGCUGGAUGACAGCGAGAUGGAGAGUCCCGUGGACGAGGUCUUCUACCCCGGGACGGGGCGCUCGCCCGCCGCCGGCAGCAGCCAGUCCAGCGGCUGGCCCAACGAUGUGGACGCAGGACCGGCUUCCCUAAAGAAGUCAGGGAAGCUGGAUUUCUGCAGCGCCCUCUCCACCCACACCACCUCCCCAAGAAUGGCUUUCAGCCACCACCCGCUGCCGGUCCUUGCAGGAGUCAGACCAGGAAGCCCCCGGGCAACAGCCUCGGCCCUGCACUUCCCGUCGACCUCCAUCAUCCAGCAGUCCAGCCCCUACUUCACCCACCCGACCAUCCGCUACCACCACCACCACGGCCAGGACUCGCUCAAGGAGUUCGUGCAGUUCGUCUGCUCCGAUGGGUCGGGCCAGGGCACCGGGCAGCCUAACGCUAGCGGCCAGGGCAAAGUCACGGGCUCAUUUUUGCUGCCGCCGCCCCCACCUGUGGCCAGACCUGUGCCCCUUCCAAUGCCUGACACAAAAUCCACCAGCACUAACCCAGAGGGCGGAGCGCCGACACCUACAUCACCCUCAUUCGCAGCGCCAGGCUCCUCCGCUGCCAACCGGUUUGUCGGCAUCGGACCCCGGGACGGCAACUUUCUAAACAUCCCCCAGCAGUCUCAGUCUUGGUUCCUCUGAUGGGAUCUUCAAGAAAGAGACGAGAAAUCUCUCCCUAAAGCCCCCCCAUGGAAGCGUCCGUCCUUCGCCCUGGAUCUUCACUGAGCUGCUCCUGUCGAGACCAGGGGGGGUGCCCAGCUCACACUACCGAUGAGAAAAGUCCAAUCCCCUCCUCCCAGCCCCGAUCCAGAGCCAAUUGGAAUCGACGUGGACGAGGUUGGUCCUCUCCGAUGCGGAAUCCCCGCGCCACCCUUGGGAAGUAACGUCACAAACAGCAAAGCCCAGCGGCCCCGCAGCGAUCGCCACAGGUCGGCUGCUCCGGAACAGCGCCUCUCCCCUGUUCCUGGGGCAGCCCCGGACGCGCCCGGUUUGAAAUCUCCCGAAAACCACCCAGAGUGCUUAUGUUUGCCAGGAGAGAGGGGGAAGUGCUGGGAUCUUCCCAGAGCUGCAAGUGACUUAGGAUGGCAGGUCGGGGCAACGUCCAACAGCCCAGGGCACGGUCUGUCCUCACAGGGCGUCCAGACUGCAGCCACGCCGUGUGAUUGCACCUCGCAUAGGCCGACCCGAGCUAACAGUCAGGUGCCGGGAAGCUGCAGCAGUGUGGGCGAGCCCCGGGUAAUUACCCAGCCGCGGCAUCCCGCUUUGGCACCCGCAAUAGCUCGGCUGAAGCCGGGUGUGUCUGCAUGAGGUGCAGCCCCGCCGGGACCUCCCUGCCGGCACUGGUUCGGCUCCUGGGGUGAACAGAGCACGAACGGAACUGACUGGCCUGUCCCACAAACAUAUAUGCGAGUUCAAAAUUUUUUCCUGUCUCAAAUUGGGGUGAAAAAUGGAAAUCUCAAAAAUAUUCGCCAGCCGGAAACCUGACGAGUUUUUUGUUGGGGGUCAGUUGAAAUAUUUUGUUUUUUCCAUUUGGGCCUUUUUUUGUGGGGUUUUAACCGUAUUUUUUUGGGUCAAAUAAGCUUAAAGUCUGGUCGAACCAGAAAACUGGAUGUUUGUUCCCGAUCAGGAGACGCAGCCGACCUGCCCGUUCUGGGAACGGUUCCAUUUUGGCAAAGCUGCGAUUUCCAAGGAAAAAAUGAUUUGUCACAGACUCCCGGCCAGCGCUGGGCGAUGGGAAAUCGGUGCCUUUUUCACGUCAGUGAUCUUAACCGGCCCUGUCACUGUUUCACUUGCCUCGUCUGCAUGAGAAAGCAACACUGGUUUAACUUCACCUGCUUUAAAGCCACAACUCAAGGGGUGAAUUUAAACCGGUUUAAAGGGCCUACUGUGAACCGGGCCGAUAGAAGUGGUUUGACAUUGAUGUAAGUGUUUCCACACAGGUUCCAUCAAACCGGUUUAACUAAAGUCAGGCCAGUUUUGCAGGGAACAAACUUUGCGCAUCCAAGUCACGUUGGCGCUCUGGAAAUCAUCCCUCUGUGCCCAGCAAUGAGCCACCUUCCCGGUUCAAUUCGGUACGCUCGGGCCGGGGAUAGGCUGCUGACCAAGGAGCCCCAGGGUUGGGUCCCGUCCGUCUUCAUCCUGGGGCAGCCAGAUUCUCCAGGGUGCCCGGGAAGAUCCAGCCCUGGCGGGGUGUUUGCUGCGAGCCCUGAAGAAACGCAGCCAGGAAGGCUACAAAACUUCCAAGCUUCCUCCUGGCUGCCCUGCCCCUACCUCGGCUGGCUCCGGCUGGCCCUCGGGCUGCGUCCACAGCCCUCCCCCCGCCGCAGGGCAGCUUGGGACCUUAGCCCAGCACAGCCUGCAGAGACCGGCUCUCGGAGCUGAGCGGUGCCGCUGAGGAUGCUGGGAGUUUACCCAGGAUGCUCGGCGGCCGAGGGACUGAGGUUGGCUCCCAGCACAUAAGCUCCUUUUCCCCCAAACAUAAGCGCCGGAGAUUGUCCCCCCUCAUUCCCGCCGUACGGGGCAUCGUGAGGAAGGCUAAGCAGAGAUGCUCCCGGCUGCAGGGGCAGAGGGGGCCGCACGCGCUCCCUUCCCAGCCCCCCCGUCAGCCUCUCGCUCGAGAGCCCCCCCAGGCUGAUGAAAUGGGAUUCUGCCUGGGGGGGAACAGUUAGAUUACAUUAGAGAAGAGGGCAUCUAGUCUCCUUCCCAGCUCUCCCAGUGGCUCCCAGCAUGGCCCCGCCUUUCCCCCCCACAAUGGGGCUCUCUCCAGCCCUGCAAGUGCAGCGUUGGGGGGGGUCCCUUUGCUAACACCCCCCCCCAAGGAAAUCAGCUUCACCUGAGGAUGCCCACCAGUGCUGCCAAUCCCCGGACGUGGCUGCCCCCCUCCCUUUCCGAAUGCCCCCCCCCGGCGAAAGUGCUGGGGGUGCCGCGGCAGCUGGCUUGGGCCGGGGCGGGGGCGUCUGUGAGGUUUGACUAGGUCGCGUCUAAGCUAGCUCAGCUGAUGGCUAUUUUCUUUCCCCGUCUCCCCACCGCGAUCUGUUCUCGCUUCCUUCCUUCGGAUUUGCUGCUUGGUGGUUGGUUUUUUCGUUUUAAAUAGUUGGAUCCUUUCUCUUUUCUCCUCCUUCCUUUCUUCCUUCGUCGUAGCUUGGUGGUUAUUUUAGGGUUUGGGGCUUUCUGUACAUACAGGCGAUCAAACGAACUAGGGCCAGAGUAACAAACGCGCCACGCCCCAGCCAGCACUCACUCGAGACGCGCGCUCAGAGCCGUCGGGAAAGCUCUGGCCGGAGUCCGUAGGUCUCAAGCCGGAGAGAUGCGGGUACGUUUUGGUGCGGCUUUGCUGCAGGGCCAUGGGAAAGGUUUGGUUUUCCUGCUGGUCCAGAGCACACAGAGUCGUUGCAGUCACCCAGCCCGCCACACGCACUGUCUGUUUCGCUUCCGAAAAUCCAUUUGAAAACUGUCUCUCUCCAUCUCGUACCCACCUUUGAAUCAUCGACAUGGUCGUCUUUAUCUUUAUAUUUUUUAGAGACACAGGGACCCACCUCUCCACCCCGUUAUCGGGCCCAGGGCCUGCGAUGCUGAAAUGCAGCCACCUCUGGGGUGGGGCGGGCGGCUGUUGGUAACAGCAGCACUGUAGGGUAGUUUUAGGACCGGAAGUGGGGAUGGGGGAAUCCUGUAGCUGGAUGAAACCCCCAGGAAGGGGGUGGGAGUUAGGGAGGUCAGAUUGGGGUCACCUGAGCUGGAGUUUGGCCCGGAUGCCAGGGUUCAGAUCUUGAGUCUUGCAACAACAAAAAAGCCCUAGCAGUGGUAAAAGUCCCAGCAGAGUCCCUCGGGGAUUGGGGGCUACAGGGCUGUACAUGCCCCCUCCCCGCCCCCCACUUGGCCCUGUCCUGGGAUCCCCUGUCUCGGGAUCCCCUGUCUCCCUCCCGAGAGAAAAUCACAGAUCCCAUCUCUUGUGCCUCGGGAAAUGAGGGAGCCCUCGUGAGCCCAACUAAUCAGGGGCCGGCGCCUCCUCCCGCAGCACAAAUGCUGCCCCCAGCAGAAGGGUUUUUUCGGGGGGGAGGGCUGGGAAUCUGCACUCUGGAAAAUGCCGAGUUUCCGGUUCUGUUGGAAAAGCAGGGUCCAUGUGGGAAACCAGACAGCUUCAGGCUGAGGCCUCCUGCACAAUUCCCCGCCUGCCCCGGCCCCAGCUCUGGGGGCAUCAGCGGGGUGCAGGGCCCUACCCCCUCCAUCUCAUCCCCAGCAAAGCCCCUCGGCCCAUGGAGGGGCUAAAACCCCACCGGGUCCCCCGUGCCCCCGGCGCGCAGCUGCAGGACAGCUGGGCAGCGCCGGUUUGUCUGGGGGCGACUCCGUCUGCUAGACGAGGAGUGACAGGCCCUAUGAGAGCUCGAGCUCCAAGGACGGACACAGCCCACCGGGACUAGCUGGUGCCCGGGGCGAAUGCUGCAGUGCUCUGAAUGCCGAGUGCCCUCCCAGGGUGUGUGCACAGAGCAGGCCCUGCCGUGCUCUGCAAGCUGUGCCCCCCCCCCGACCCCCCCCCCAGUGAGUGCACGUCACUGGCUUGGACGCGAGCUCUCUGGGGCCUGCCUGUCUUAGCCCGAUCUCCACUGCCCUGGUGCUAAUCUGGAGUCACUCCAGAUGGGUCAUUCUGGAUUUACACCUGGGCAGCUGAGAGCAGAAUCCAGUCCCUGGCCCCAGUCCAUAGCCCUUGUUCUCAAGCAGAGCCCAAGCGCUGGGCUUGGACAGGCUGACUCCAGUCGAAGCCCCGGGGGUCCUAAGCCAGGGGCCAAACCAUUAGCAGGCGUAAAGCCUGUGGGUUCAGUGGAGCCAGUUGAGUGACACCCAUAGACACCACUGGGACCUGACCCAUUUUUUUCUUUGCACACUGGGCCCCCUCCCGCAUUUCAGCGCCACCCGACGCUGACGCCCCAGCACCUAAGGGCGGCCUUACGCCUUCCCUUUGAGCCGAGAACUGUUCUGGGAUGGGUCAGGAAGCUCGCUGGGAAACCCCACAGGAACCCUCCCUGGCCUUCCCGGAGAGACACUGAACGUGCCACACUUAAAACCACUCCGGUGUGUUACCGUACCGCUGCCCGGGUCCCGGGGGGCUCUGCUGGGGGAGCAGUAAUUCCUAGCACUGGGUGUUUUUUGCAAAUAUUAAUCAAAGUUACCGCAAGCUACGUCCCCGGUAGCCACUCAGAACAGUCCUGUGGCAUUUGGCAGCGUUCUCCCAGGUGAGCCAGACAAAGGCAGGGUCCGGCUUGUUCUCGGGGGCCGAACGUUUGUCGGGAACAAGAAUUCAGGGUGUCACGGCUCCAGCCUUGGAACCGUUCAGCUGCCUCCAGCCACAUGUGUCUGUAAGAUCAGGGCUUUCGAGGCCGGGCCCACCACCCUUUUCGCAUUUAAAAACCCUGGCGGUUCGUAUCCGUCUGUUUCCAGCCAAGGCCCCGAUUCAGCGCUGCACAAAAGCACACGCUUCACGCUCAUGGAGUGCGUCUACCCUGCAGAAACACCCCGUAGGAGCCAGGCUGGAGCCCGGCUGUCUGCCCUGCUGUUCCUAGCUUGGUGGCAUGAGCCCGAGGGGCAUGAGCCGGGCUCCGAGACUAGCUGCUGUGGGGGGUUUUCCCAGUGUAGCCGUAGUCCCAACUCGGCACCGGCACGUCUGACAGAGGAACUAACCAGGGGUUUAGCGGGACCCUUUCAGGAGCCAGAGGUGAGCAAGGCUGGCUGCAGCAGAGUGAGACUCACUUGAGAAUGUGUUUAAAAAAUGGAAAAAAAAAAAACUUUUAAAAAAAGCUACAAAUAUAUAUAUAGGGGGCUAAAACUGAACAAAUGUUGUUUUCUUUGAGCCAGUGCAAUGACUUGCAUAGUUUUAAUAUCUUUGUAUGUUAAAGAUUGUUAAGCAGAAGAAAAAAAAUCUAUUUUUCUUGAGAUGUCCUGUUCCCGGGGACUCUAAAUACACAGGGGAGAGAAAACCCAACCUUUGUAAGUAUGGGAAAUUGUUCUUCUUCUUCUUCUUCUUCCUGUUUAUUUUUUCAUUCAUUUAUUAAUUUUUAUUUUUAUUUUUGCCUUUUUCUCGUUUCUUUUUUUUUUUUGGGGGGAGGGGGGGGGAGGCUGAAGGGAAGGUUUUUUCAAGCAAAACAGAAAAGACAUAUCUAUCUCGGUUCCAAAACCGCGGAGAGAAAAAAUGUAAAAAAAACCCCUAAAGUGAAGACACAAGGACGGCGAGAAAAGAAAAAUGAUGAAAAAAACUCAUAAAAAAGAGAAAAUUAACAAAAAAAUGAUAUAUAAAACCACAAACCCUGGUGCUUUUUACAAUAUAAAGGACAUUAAAAACCCUCUAUUAUACAUAGUUUAUGAACCAAUUAAUUGUUAUCAUAAAGCACAUUUUAGGAAACAUACAUUAUCCUUUCUUUAUGUUUAACUGAAAGGGGCAGGACGGACUGCGGUUAUCAGAGGCACCCGGCUUUUGCUGAUCUUACGGGGGGGGCAAGCGAGAGAAGUGGGGGGGGCCUGCCUUGGCCAAGGGGUCCCCCCCCCCCCAGCUGGGUGUCACACACACACCCCCCGCCAGGUGUCACACCUCCCAUGUUGAUGGGUUGAACCCCUUUGUGCUGAUUCCCCCUCCCCUCCGCCUUGGUCCCUGGAGAAACUUUAGUUGGAAUCAGGCCCGGCUCCCCCUUGCCCCCCCCUCUGCCCCCCACCCCCCAGGGAGGAUUUUUCUUUGGAGCCAAAAGCCAACUUUGAUCUCACCAGCAUUUUGUCUUGGAGCCUUUUUCAGAAAGUUGGUCGCGUUCCCCCCUUUUUCUGUUCUCCGGGGCGGGGUGGAGGGGACCCCCUCCCUUUUCCCCUGAUGGACGGGGGGGGAGACCCCAUUCCCGUCUCCCCCAGUGACAGAGAAGUGCCAUUGGAGGAAGGACCCUUUGGUUCAGGAAGGGCCAAGCUCUGCCCACGCCUUACCCGCCCGCACUGCCUGGCAGCCGACGUGCCUUCACCCCCUUGCUGGCCCGGACGGAUGGACGGACGGGGGGGGGGGGCUGAGCUGCUCAGCCGACCCCCCAGCCGUGCCCCCCAGUGCCACACGGCCACGCAAAGCAAUAAAGACCCCAGUUUCCAUCGACAAAGACAAAAGAUGCUAAUCGCCUGUGGGGGGCGUGACACAAUGGGGUCCAAACUGGAUCCUGUGCCCCCACCAUGGAAUCGUGGGGCCCAGUCCGGAUCCUGCCCGAAAUCCCAGGGCCCAAUCCGGAUCCUGCCCCACCCAAAAUGCCAGGGCCCAAUCUGGAUCCCAUCCCCCCCAAAUUGCGGGUCCUGUCCCCUCUCACCCUAAGAGCUGGGAGGGCCCAAUCCAGAUCCUGGCCCCCUCCCCGCACCCCAAAACUGCCAGGGAAAGAAGCCGAGGUGGACAUUUUCCAAAGUGGCUUCUGAUCUUUGGUUUGGUCUCCGUCUUCUCCCCCUCCCUGUCCCCCACUCUCCCCCUUUGGAAACCAGGCAUCUCAACCUGGGCCCCUGGAUGGGGGCAACACCCGCCCCCUCCCCCCCGCAAAAAAUCAGAGCGCCCCACUCCGAAACAGGCCGCUGAGUGCAUGCUCCCCCUUUGCUAGGCCGGGGUCAGCCCUUUCCACCAUCCCUCCCCCCCGACCCCAUGCUACUCCCGAGGGGUUCACCCACCACAGCCCCCACCCCCACUGCCUCUCGCUCUAGCAACCCCCCCAUUAGGCUGCAUCGCAAUGAGCCAGCUGCUCCCGCCCGUCCGUCUCUGCCCCUUCCAACAAGUUUCUUCGUAGGGUAAGAAACGCAGUAUAUCUGAGUACAGUACAGUAUAUAUAUAUAGUACUAAUGGCCUUGAGUGUGCUUCUGUCUCCGUCCCUCGGCUCGCGCCCUCCGUGCCCCCCGCCGUCCCCCCCCGCUCGCGCUAACGCGCCUUCCUUUCGCCGCCUUUGCGAAUAAAGCGUAGUUCUUCGUCUGGUUGCGUCCCUUCGCCAGUCCCCGCCACGUCUUAGCAGAGUGCAGGUUAGCCAGCCGCGCUGAUCACGUCAGUAUCGCUUCCCCCACGGAAAAAAGGCGUUUAAAAAAAAAUCGACAAAAACGACAAGAAAAAAAGACAAAAAAAAGGAUAAAUAAUAAAAUGCAAAAACCUGUUAUACCCGG